AUGCACGGUUCACUAGCACUCACCUUCCUCGGAAGCGCUGCGGCCUUCCCUCACAUGGCUGCUAAGAUGAUGAUGGACAACAAGAUGUCCGGUGAAGAGCUUGCCAAGCGGCAGACUCUCUCAUACACCGGUUUCCCUACCACAGAAUUCAACGCGCAAGCACAAUUUGUUAGCAACUCUGGCUCACACGCCUUCCAGGCUCCUCGUAAUCUGGGUCAGCCAGGUGGUGAUAUUCGUGGUCCAUGCCCGGGCCUCAACGCUGCCGCCAACCACGGCUACAUCUCUCGUGAUGGUGUCACCAACCUUGUUGAGGCCAUCCAAGGCACCAACGCCGUUUUCGGUAUGGGAUUGGACUUGGGCGGCUUCUUGUCUGCCUACUCUGUGCUCCAGGUCGGUGACCCUCUCACCCAAAAGUGGUCCAUUGGCGGAGCCCCUCCUGCUACUCUCGGCAACCUGGUCGGUAUCAAGCCUCAGGGCCUGACUGGCUCGCACAACCGCUACGAGACAGACAGUUCGCCCAUGCGCGGAGAUCUUUACCAGUUCAAUGGCAACAACUUUGGCCUUCAGCUCUCGCAGUUCAAGGAGUUCUACAACUACCACGCUGGUGAGGAGAAUCCCAACUACACGUUUGAGGAUCUCGUCAAGUUCCGCUCUGCACGAUUCACUGAAUCUAUUCAGAAGAACCCAUACUUCUUCUACGGUCCCUUCACCGGUGCUCAAGUCUCACAGGCUGCCUUCACAUUCAUUUCGGCAUUCAUGAGCAACCACUCUGCCGAGUACCCCAAUGGAUUCCUUUCCCGCUCAACGCUGCAGUCGUUCAUGUCGGUGACUGGCACCCCAGACAACAACGGCGCCAACCUCAAGUUUGUGCCUGGCAACGAGCGUAUUCCGGACAACUGGUACAAGCGCGCCAUCAGCAACCCAUACUCCAUCACAGCUUUCACACUUGAUGCUCUUCGCAUCUUUGCCGCAGACCCUCGCAUCCUCUCUGUUGGUGGCAACACAGGAACUGUCAAUUCGUAUGUCGGUCUUGACUUGACCAACGCUACAAACGGUCUGUACAACGCCGGUACGCUUGCACAGGGCAACAAUGCCGCUUGCUACUUGUACCAGGCUGCUCAAUUGCCAUUCGCAGACUCACUCAAGACUUUGACUGGCCCAUUGCUCUCUGCAGUGAACGCCAUCUCAAACCAAUACUUGAAGGCUCCUGUCGCUUGCCCUCAAUUGCAGCAAUUUGACAAAUCUUUUACGAACCAGUUCCCUGGUGCUUCGCUAUAA